AUGUCUGCCUCUAAUGUGGCACCUAUAACUGCUACCGACAGCUUAUCACAAGCUUUAAAAGCUAAUAUUAUACCUAACCAGGAAUAUUUACUACAGGGAUCUGUAUUAGAUUCAGCGGUAGAAGUACUGCUCCAUAGGCUUCGUGGGCUUUGUGACAAUGUCGAUGCAGGUACGGAAACUUUUGAUGAUCAAGAAGUUUGCUUCAGUUUGAGAGACCCUAACCAACAGACUGCUCCUCUAAUGUUGCGAGUACGAAAAGCACUGGAUGCACGAGACAUGCCAUAUCAACUGCGUUAUAUAGGCCAACCUGACUUGGGGGACAAAAACAGACCAACAGUUGUACGUUCCAGCCUUGACAUAGCCUGUAGUGGUAUGCUUAUUGAAUUUCUCAAUGAACUUGGAUGCAGGAUUGAGUUUGAAUAUAGUGUAAAAGGUUACAUGUUCAGAAAAGGCCGUAUGAAAAUCACAGUGUCUAAGGUGUUUAAAAUAUCACAGAGUUCUAUGUCUCCAGAACCAAUAUCUCAAAGCUACCUAGUUGAAUUAUCUGUAUUAGCCCCUCAAGGACAAGAUGCAAUCGGAGAAGAUAUGCGCGCAUUUGCAGACCAACUGAGGCCACUUGUUCAACUCGAUAAGAUUGACUAUAAGAGACUUGGACAUAUGUCCGUCACAUAG